ACAGUCAGUUGUUUUUUGAUGUGCUGGUUGUUCUCUUCAUAAUUGAUGAUGAAAUUAGGUUUGAAUAAAUAGAGAUUGACUUCUGGGUGAUUUGAAAAAGAUUUCAGGAAACUCAAAAAUUACAUAAAAGCAUUGCAAAAGUACCGCGAGUGACAUAGUGGAGAAGCUGGGUUUUUUGGUGAUGGCUUCGACGGAUGUAAAUGUAAAACUGUCUCGUCUUUACCACUUGGCGCAGAAGUUUAAUAACUUUUACCUGACAGGUUUUCAAAAAGGCGCCAUACGUCCGUUUCUGGUUGAAGGUGAACAAGUUGGUCUUAUAAAGGCGGAUGUCAUCAAGCAGCUUCAACGCUAUCCCGAAAUAUUCUGCAUACGCAAUUGUGAAUUCACCAAACAGGGUAUAGUUGAAUUAAAUCCUGCAUUCCGUGACUAUGCUGAACGCACAAAGCAAGUCGAUAUAGUAUUACGUGAUUUACGUUCUAAGGGCAUUUUUUCCGCACUCCAAGGUUGGCGUGAUGAGUAUUAUGAAGUUAAAUCGGAAUAUCGAAGUCUAUUAAAAAUGGAUCGUUCGGCCACACCAUUGUUUGGCGUACGUAAAUAUGGUGUCGAUAUUAAUGGCUAUGUACAACAUCCAACGCAAGGUCUUUGUAUUUGGCUACAACAACGUUCCAACACCAAAGAAACAUGGCCCGGCAAGUGGGAUAAUAUGGUUGGUGGUGGUUUGUCGGUGGGCUAUGGCAUCAAAGAGACUGCAAUUAAAGAGGCAGCCGAAGAGGCAUCCAUUCCAAGUGAUCUCGUCAAAAAUCUCGUUUCAGCCGGUUGUGUAUCGUUCUUUUUCGAAAGUGAUCAAGGUCUAUUUCCGAAUACAGAGUAUGUAUUUGACUUAGAGCUUCCAUUGGAUUUUGUGCCACAAAAUGCUGAUGGUGAAGUGCAAGCUUUCGAGUUGUUGCCAGCCAAAGAGUGUGUGGAACGUGUAUUUACACCUGAUUUUAAGACAACAAGCUGCCCUGUGGUUAUCGAUUUUCUAAUCAGGCAUGGCUACAUAACGCCAGAAAAUGAGGUUCAUUUUACACAAAUCAUUGAGCUGUUACAUGUGCCACUGCAGUCGCUCUACACGUACAAGUCACUUUUGGAGCAAAAGCAAAAACUUAAGCAACAAAAUCAGCCGCUACAGCAGAGUCAAUCACAAUCACAUCUUGCCAAUAAUGUUAAAACCAUUGAAAAUGGACACAAUAAUAAGGACGAUGGAAUAACCAAUUAAAGGAAAAUGUGCAAAACAAAACAAAAAAAAAAAAAACAAAAAAACAAAAUAUAUAACGAAACAAUUUUGAUUAAAAGUGAACAUUUUUGGGAUUAGCUGAUAGAAUUACAGACUGCGUAUUUUAAUUUUACGCUCGUAGGUAUUUAUAUACAUAUAUACAUACAUAACGAAUUAACAUAUUUGCUGUUUAUACAUAGACACAUACUUAUAUAUAUAUAUAUAAUAUAUAUAAUAUAUAAAUAAACUUAGUUUAGGGUAUUUACGGUACUAUACGAAUGUUCUACAUAUAAUUGCUGCGAGCACCGCACGGAGAAUGCUAUAAGCUUAGAGAUACGGUUCUUUUUUAACUACCUACGCCACCUAGGCCUCCUCUAAUUUGUACAACGUAUAUUGGAUUGAUUGCUGACUCAAAGAAAUGUUCUUCGUUAUAACCAAAAAAAAAAAACCAAAAAAAAAAAAUAAAAACAAAAAACUAUUCGUUAAACGAAAAUGUCGUUUGUAACAAACGCAAAAAUUAGCGCAACUAAACCUAAGGCGAAUGGAAUUAUUUUCAAAUGUAUUCGGUAAUGAAAGUAAUUUUAUUUGCGCAAAAAGUUGAAAACUUCUCUCUUAUUAUAAAUAAAUAUGAUUGCAAAGGCUAUUGUGAGAUAAAUUGAAUUAAAUUAUUGAUUGUUAAACAUUUUGUUGUCUCAUAUUUUAUACCAAUUGAAAUUUUUACUUUUAAUGAUUAUUUAUAAUUAUAAAUUUAUGUAAAGCGAAUUGGCGCGCAAUGCCAAUUUAAAGUUAUUAUCUUCUGUUUUGUUGUUUUUAUUUUGUUUUGGACUUGUUUUCGUUUUUUUGUUUUUUGUUUUGUUAUUUAUUGUGAAUUUCGGCAACACAUAAAAGACGAGCGAACCAUAUUUGCAUUCAGGCACGAGCUAUUAUGUCGAUAAAAUGUAGUAAUUGUAAUUUAUGUAAACGUUUUUGAACAUUUUAUCACUGCGUAACAAUAGAUGUACGAAAUAUAUACAUAUAUGUAUAUAUAUAAAUAUAUAUAUAUAUAUACAUAAAUAUAAUGCACCACAUUUUUAAAUGAAAUAACGAAUUAUGAAGGCUUAAUAUUUUAAUCAUAUGUUUAUAUCAUAUUGAAAAAGUUAAUAUACACACACGUGCAUAUAUACAUACAUACAUACAUAGUAUGUAGCGAAACAAUUAUGAAAUUAAAAAAAACAAACACUAAAUAAAUAUAUAUGUAUGUAAAUGUAGAUGUUCAUACGUGGCAUACAGUUAAUUAUAUUAUUGUAUUGAUUUAUGCUGCUGAUAUUAGAUAAUAUGUGUAUGUACCAAAGUGCUCAAAACACGUGUUUUUCUGUUGAAAUAUUUUUUAUAAACCUUCUUUUAAUUACGAAUUAUGAAUAUAAUAUAUAAUAACGAACUUACAUUUUUACUGAAAAAUAAACAACAAAUUCAAUUCAAA